AUGGGGCCCCCGGGCAAUAGGGGAUCAUGGGGCCCGUGUCCUUGCCCAAACUCAAAAAAGCCUAUGAAAAAGAACUGCAUUCAUUUAUGUCUUAUAUAUGCCUACAGUUCAGGAUUAAAUACAAAAGGAGAUAUUUACUGCCAGUGUUAGACUUAUCAUCAAAGGACCAGGGGCGGACUGACAACUCAUGGGGCCCCCGGGCAAUAGGGGAUCAUGGAGCCCCUGUGUCCUUGCCCAAACUCAAAAAAGCCUAUGAAAAAAAAGGUACCAGGGGCAUCUCAUGGGGCCCCCUACUGACCCCGGGCCCUCGGGCAGUGCCCGAGUUUCCAAAUGGUCAGUCCGCUCCU